AUGGCAGACGUAGAUGAGUGGAGAGGGGCCAGCUUUAAAAAAGUGGAGGACCAUAGCGAAGCAGCCACAGCCCUCCUUGAGAGGGUCAAUGCCACCACUAUCCCUGUGCUCCUGCGUAGCACCAACAAGGGCCUAAACGAACUUGUUGAUGAGCUACUAGCUCUUGAGAAGAUUGCUCGUCUCGGUGGGGAUGCGAUUUCCACCCAGCGGCUCGCGGUGGAGGUGAUCCGCGUGUAUCGCGUGCAAGGUGAUUAUGCCAAGAUGUUGGAUGUGCUUGAGAUACUCAUGCGGAAGCGUGGGCAGACGAAGCUGACGCAAAGCGCAAUGAUUGCGGAGUGUGCGGUGAUGCUGACCGACGGCUCGCUGUCGAAGGAGCGCCGCAGGGAGGUGCUUGAGCGGGUUGUACACCUGACAGACAGCAAGAUUCACGUGGAGCUCGAGCACGUACGCUUUGCCAUUGAUCUCGCAAAACUCAUGGAAAGCGAGGGACAGAAGCGUGCGGCGUGUGACUUGCUGAGGGGUCUACAUGUUGAAACUAUCACCAACAUGCCACGUGUAGAAAAGCUUGAGGCGCUCAAUCGGCUUAUUCGGCUCUGCCUGGAGUUGGAGGACUACGAGCAUACACCGCUUGUCUCACGGCGUAUCAAUCACCGAGCGUUGGCGCGUCCAGAAUCACAAGACGCCAAGUUGACUUAUUUUGCACUCAUGCGCCGGUACUAUACACAGCGUCAGUCAUACUUCAACGUGGCGCGUUGCUGGUAUGAGACGUACCUCACAGAGACCGCGGAGGCCGCCAAACUCGCUGCUCUCAGCAGCAUGGCGGUGAACUAUCUUAUUGCCGAGCACGCCACCCCAAAGGCGUUGGAGGAUCUUGCGGAAUGCACCGCCUUUUCACCUGCCACGAAGUUUGCCGAGCGCAAUGCCGCCAUUCAGGGCAUCACCACGGCGCUGCAGAAGCAGCUGGAGGAUAUCCCGCAACUGCAGUACUUGCUGCAGCGGUUUACCAGCAUUGAGCUUAUCCGCGAGAAGGUUACCAAUGAAGUGGAGACGCUUUGCGAAAAUCACCCGGAACUUGCGGGUCACGAGGACCGUCAGCUGCUACUGCGAAGCCGCUGUAGCGAGCACGACCUGCUCGUCGUCUCUCGCUUCUACCGUCGUCUGCGCCUAGACCGCCUCGCCCAGCUGGUUGGCCUUACCCCGGAACACACGGAGGAGUUCCUCAUGAUGAUGGUGGCUUCCAAGACUCUCUACGCGAAGAUGGACCGCGUGGACGGUCUGGUGGUCUUUGAAGCGAAAAAAAACGCGACGGAAGUCAUCAACGGCUGGAACGAGGCGGUGGAGCGCAGUGUUGCGCUCCUGGACAAGGCCUCACACCUCAUCGUGAAGGAGCGGAUGCUGCACAAUAUAUCUGCCGCACAGGCGCAGCAGGCUGUGAUGUUGUAG